GGGCACUCAGCUACAUCCCUGGCCCCUAGACUUUUUCAUCUUUUAAAACUACAGCUUUAUAUUCUUUGACCAGCCUUUUCCUCUUUCUUCCAGCUCUCUAUUCCUGGUAACUGUGUCUUUGACUUUUUUUCGAUACCACAUAAGUGAGAUCAUGCAGUAUAGCAGACAUCUCUGCCCAGUAUUAGCAGACUCUGGUUAAUUGCAACCCAGUCUCAGCACCCUUUGAUCUCUCCAAGCAACACAAGCAGUGCCUUCCUUCUUUACAUCCCUGUUUGCACAUCACCUAUCCCAGCCUGCAUAUCAGAUAUUCCUGCCUACAUAUUAUCAGCCAUGCCAGAUUCUUCCAGCCAGAUGCUUUCAGACACUUCACACUGUGCUGCUAGAUGUCUUCAAAGCAUACUUUUCCUACCUUCCCACACUUGUUGUAGUCAAUAAAAUACUGGGUGCCCUUUGUGCCCCUUUACUGCUCAGAGCAUCCUGAUUAGCCCAAGACCCAAUUCUAAGUGUUCUUUCUGUCUUUACUUUUAUUCAGCUUUGUGUUGUGUAUCACAGGAGGCCAGGACUCACUGCAGAGGUCUCUGGUAAUGUCCUCAUUCCCGUUCCCUAUAAUGCAGUAUUUUUUUUCCAUAUGGCUUAUUUCACUCAGCAUAAUAUCGUCUGGACUCAUCCAUGGUAUUGCAAAAGGCCAGCACUCCUCUUUUAAAACGUCUGAAUGAUAUUCCCAUGUAUAUCAUAAUUUAUUCAUCUGUCAGUGAACACAACAUUUUCAUAGCUUGACUUAUGAAUAAUUCUGCAAUGAACAUGUAUUGUAGAUAUUUCUUUAGAACAUUGAUUUCUUUGGGUAUAUAUUGAAAUAGUGGGAUUGCUGGAUCAUAUGGUGGUGGUAUUUUUUCGAUUUUUGAGGAGCUGCUAUACUGUUUGCCAUAAUGGCUUACUAAUUUACAUUUCCAUCAACAAUGAACAAGUAAUCUAUGAAAUGAUCACUAGAGGAAUAAAGCACGUGGGUCAAUAAGUCAGAAAUGAAAACAGCUAUGAAAAAAGAUUCAGGAACAGUAAAUUGAAGAGGUAGGGAAAAGCAAUUAGGAAUCAAGCAGCAAUUAGAUUUCUGUAGGUAGGUAGCUCUUCCCUGCUUCAAUUAGGAUAAUAGGUGACAUCUGUUAGAUUCUGAAAUAAAUGGAGAAGCAGGGAUGAACCAGCCUGAUUAGGAAAAAGAAGGGGUAAUGAUGGUGGAACGCAAAACAAGAGCACAAACUGCAUGAGGAUUUUGUGCCUGCGCACCUGAUAACCAAAUGGAACGCUUUGUCCGUGUUCCUUAUGUCUGGUACCAGGGCUAUGGAAACACACUGCCCUUGGGCCAGCCUGGACUCUCAAGGCACAAUCAAGCCAACUGGAGGCAAAAUAUGGGUCCCCCCACUUUCCUGGCCAGGCCAGGGCUGCUGGUGCCAGCAAAUGCCUCUGAAUACUGCAUGGAUCCUUACAGAAGGGCACACUUUAAAGCCAUUCUCACCCAGAUGAACCCCAACCUGAGCCUACGGCUGUGCAAGGCCAACACCAAGGAGGUGGGUGUACAGGUGAGCUUGCAGGUGGACAGGUCCGUGCAGUGCUCGCUGGGUCCUCAAACUCUGCACAGCUGCUGCCCAUGGGACAACACUGGCCACAGGGAAUGCAUGACAGCCUGGGGAGUCAGUUCACCAGUGAUUGGCCAUAGGAGUCUGAUCCAUUUAAGAAAGGAUGGAGAAGAUGGCAAAAACAAGGUGGUUUUAGGCCCUGGGGAGGCCAGCCAGCAGCCACCACCAAUGCCAAGGUCAGAAGAUGAAAGGCAGGAGGGACUGCCUCAGUCCAAGGAGUUGGUGGAGGAAGAUGUCAAGUGUCUUAGUGAAAGGAAGAGCAAGCAGGUACAAGGAGAUGCAACUGGCUGUCCACUUCAGAAGCCCAGCUUCCAGUUUUUGGAACCAAAAUACGGCUAUUUUCACUGUAAAGAUUGUAAGACUAGAUGGGAGAGUGCAUACGUGUGGUGCAUUUCCGGAACUAAUAAAGUUUAUUUCAAACAACUCUGUUGCAAAUGCCAAAAGAGUUUUAACCCUUAUCGAGUAGAAGCAAUCCAAUGUCAGACCUGUUCAAAGUCUCGAUGUUCCUGUCCUCAAAAGAAAAGACACAUUGAUCUAAGGAGACCUCAUCGACAAGAACUGUGUGGUCGCUGCAAAGACAAGAAAUUCUCCUGUGGCAAUAUUUCCAAUUUUAAGUACAUGAUAUGACAGGCAAUAUGGUUUAUGAACUCUUACACCUUACUGUAACUGUCUUUUUGGCAACUUAGCUCUGACUUGGCAUUGGAUAAUGGACUAGGCUUUUGUACUUUUUGUAGGUUGUAUAACAUUUGUAUAAUAUGAGUAGAAUAAAAUAAAUGCAUGUAUGUUAGACCAUGAAGCCACAUUAUUGGUAAUCUCAGGGUAUAUAGCAAUAAGAAAUGGUAGAUAUUAUCAGAUAUGUCACAGGAAUAAU